GACGUUCACGACAUUCGUGUUGCAAAGCAAACGUCAACAAUUCGCUGCAAAUAGGAAUUCAUUUUAUAUUUACAAGUGCUGCGUCCUCAAUAAUAUUUAGUGCCCCGUUUUUGUUUUAAUGUAAAAUGAAUAGAACUGAGGGUUUGGUACAACGUAAACACGUUGCAAAAGACAAUAAUUCAGAUGGUAAUUUGAAGGAAAACCACGACAUCGAUGAUAAGAAAAAUGAUAAAAGCUAUGAUGACGGAGAUUCAAAAGAAACAAGAUUGACAUUAAUGGAAGAAGUAUUACUUUUAGGAUUAAAGGAUAAAGAGGGUUACACAUCAUUUUGGAAUGACUGCAUAUCGAGCGGCUUGAGAGGAUGUAUUCUCAUCGAACUGGGCUUAAGAGGUCGAGUAGAGUUGGAAAAAGCUGGUAUGAGGAGAAAGGGACUGCUGUCUAGGAAAGUCAUUGUAAAAUCAGAUACACCUACAGGAGAUGUCCUAUUGGAUGAAGCUUUGAAACACAUGAAAGAAACUGAUCCACCUGAAUCUGUACAAAGCUGGAUAGAAUACCUUAGUGGUGAAACAUGGAAUCCCAUGAAACUCAAAUAUCAAUUAAAAAACGUCCGUGAAAGGCUGGCUAAGAAUUUAGUAGAAAAAGGUGUCCUGACGACUGAGAAGCAAAACUUUUUGCUCUUUGAUAUGACCACACACCCCCUGACAGACAACGUAGUGAAGUGCCGUUUAGUUAAAAAGGUGCAAGAAGCGGCGCUGCGGCGUUCGGUGACGGACGUGGCGCACGCCGACAAGCGGUCGCUGGCGCUGCUGAUGCUGGCGCACUCGGCCGACGUGCUGGAGAACGCGUUCGCGCCGCUCUCCGACGAGGACUACGAGCUGGCCACGCGUCGCGUGCGCACGCUCCUCGACCUGGACUUCGAGGCCGAGGCCAUGCGCCCCGAGGCCUGCGAGAUCAUGUGGGCCGUCUUCGCCGCCUUCACUAAAUAACAAUUAUUCAUAAACAAUAUUCACGCGUACCGAUUAUAUCGUUAUCGCUGACAACCAGGAAGUUGCGCAAUUUAAAGUUCGUAUCGAAAUUAUCAACAGAAAGGCGACUUUAUAGUUCAAAUUCCGUAAUGUAAUUAUUUGCAAAGCGAUGUCCGAGUGGGAGAUGAUUACUUUUAUGAGAUUUCAAUCGCCGUCGGUUUUCUAAUCGAAACAAGUUAAAUAUCGUUAUAGUAAGAAGUGAGUUGUUAAUAGUGUCAUCAGUCAUGGGGUUUUGUAUGUCAAAUAAAAGCCAGUAUUACUUAAGUUUGAGCUGUUCAGAUUUGAGUCAAAAAUUCCUGACAAAGGAUAUCCCAGCUUCCUGAUUUAAAUUAUUCCUUCCUGACAUACAUUGGAAUUUUUGCACAAUUUUUCUUAAUUUUUGAUAUGUCAGAUUGUGUAUUAGAUUUUUAUAUGUACCUAUUUUGUAAAGUGUAACCCAGUUAAAUGUAACAAUAUUAUUUUAAUGUACCUAAGUAGAUUUAUGUGCUGAUGGUAUUACUUAAAUAAAACGAACUCAAGCUUUUCUGAGCAUGAUGUGACUUUGAUUUAGAUCUUUUGGUACAUUGAAAUGUUUAAAAUAAGUUAAUGAUUUUGUAUAUUUUUUAUAUAUGGAUCCAAGAGUGUCUGAAUUUGUAGUAUUUCUUUCUGUCUUCUUUAUUCACUAGAGACUAUGGUUUAUUUUAGAAAUAGGAACGCUUGCCUUGCUGUAUUGAACUGUAUCUAUAAAUGUCAGAGUAAUUAAGUUGUGUAGCUCUAAACACUGUUAGUAACAGAUAUGAAGAUAUCACUAUCCACAUUAAAUUUAUUAGUUUUUAAAAGUAGUUUAUUUCGCGCGUAGUACUUUCCAUUCGUUGUUUGUUUUGCAAUUCUAUGCAGUUUCGAUAGAUUUAUUUUUAUGAAUAUUGCUUUUAAAUUAAGUAACUUAAUGGGUGAUGUUGUAUGUGUCACAAUAUAACAUUAUUGUGAUAUACCUAAAUGAAUGGUGGCUCAGCUCAAAACACAAUCCUGAUACGAGUUAUGACAAGUAAUAUCUAAAAGUUUCUGGUGCCACGGUAUUACAACUAUUACAAGGACAGACUAUCUAGCAUGAUUGCGUUUAAGUCGGAUAUAAUGCCUUACUUUGGUCAUACUGAAAAUUCCUGGACUGGCCACUUAGAAAAAAUAAGUCGUCUCAUAUAUCAGAAUCCAGAAACUUUCAGUAUGGCCCACGUAUUAAUAUCAAGUCGGAGCUGUUAUCUAGAACAGGCAUAAACUCAAUCAUGCUACCACUGCAGGUGCUCUAGGUUUAGGUAUUGUAUCACUGUUUAGUAUGGUUUGUGUCGACUAAAACUUUUUGAGGCAACAACACUACUUUACCUCAAUGCUUUUGUAAUGGAUACCAGGCUUACAAAAUGUUCAAAAAAACGCAGAACGCCUUUAUUGGAGUGACUCGUAUGUGUCAUGAAUCAUAAGAGUCGAUACCUAGUUAUUAAGUAGCUUAAAUUUAAAUCGUGGUGUAAGAUAAGUUUCCUUUUAUUUAUCAUUUGUUUCGAAACACGUUAUACGUUGGGACAUUGUUUUAAUAAAUUAUAUUUGUACAUAAAUAGUCUAUGAUAUUUUACAAAAUUAAGGAAAUAAAUCGAAAACAAAAUUCACAAUUUAAGAAGUGUGUAAAAAAAUAGUUAUAAAAUGUAUCAUAAAAUUCAUACAUGUAAUGGUAUUAAAAUUAUUGAAAUAUAUUCCUUAGUACCUAUUAA